AUGUCCUUUUUAAAUGUGAUGGAGUUCCGUUACCCGGCCACAAAGUCGCCCGAGUCCACGCAAAGACGGCAAUGUGUGACCGACGAAUAUGCGUUGCUUACCACCAUCGUGAUGGCCCUAGUGAUUUUUAUUGGUGUCCCCAUGUGGCGUGCCGCCAGCCAGUGUAUGGCGUUCAAGGUUCACAUGGACAAACUUGGGGUUGUUGAACCGGGCAAACACCCCCGUAGUAAGCACCACCGUGGGUCUGGCCGCCACUGUAAAUGAUCCCGCGGAUAUAUCCCCCAACUCGGAACGCGAUCCGACUCAAUUGUCCGAAUCGGCAACAACUUCAAAUUCGCACUCACACCAAAUUUUGCAACCAUCACAUUCUCAUACUCAUAUACAUACCAUGGACCAUUCAGAACCAGUGAUGAACCCCGCUCAUGACCAUCACGACCACCACCUGCCCUCCAAACCCCUUCUGAUCCUUUCCUGGACUUUCUACCACUCAACAACCCUCCUUCAUAUCCUUCUUUGGAUCAUCAUCUUACUCCCAUUGCUGUUCACUCAAACAAACAAUGACUUGAUUUAUUUGGCGAAAAGAUUGGGUAAAAUCCCCACCGUUUGUCUCCCCUUCACCUUAUUCCUCUCCUUAAGACCUAGUCCUCUCCCCAAGGUACUUUACUUGUCCCUUUUACCCAUUCAUAAAUGGCUUUCUAGAGUCGUUAUUGUCCAGUCGGUCGCGCACGUGACCCUCUAUUUGGGAUACUUCCAAUAUAAAAAUACCUGGUCUAAGAUGUGGAAAUUAGAGAAUUUAUACGGUUGGGUGGCAUUAUUAGGGUUUCUCAUUAUUAUCAUCACCUCCUUACUGCCUUUAAGGAAAAGAUACUAUCAGAUUUUCUUUAUAAACCAUUAUAUUUGGACAUGGUUGAUUGUCAUUUCUCUUCAAUUCCAUGCAAGACCUGUCAGUGUUACUCCAUAUACCUUGUCCUGCUUGUUGGUUCUUUCCGGACAAAUUAUCUAUAGAGUAUACCUUACUAGAGUGACCACCUAUACUACUGAUGUCCAAGUGAUUGACAUUCUGCCCAAUUUGGCCCUUGUGGAAUUCCCACUGGAAGUCAUUGCUCAAAGGGCUACCAGUCCUGGUGCUCAUAUAAGAUUAGCCAAAUAUUCACUGUCAUUCAUUGCCCGUACAUACCAUCAAUUGGUCCCCAACUACCAUCCAUACACCUUGGUGAGUCUCCCACUGGAUCGAUACCAGAAAUUGAUUGUACGUAAGGGAAAAUUUGCCUUGGAAAAUGAUCGUAAAUAUCUUAUUUGUGGAUCUUAUGAUCCACAUCUAGCCUUCAUUUCAAAUCUGAAUGCUAAUACUCAAUUCUCCAUUUCCAAGCUCAAAAUCGAUAUCAAGAGACUUUUGGUGGUGGUGGGUGGAUCGGCCAUCUCGUUUGCUCUCCCCAUUGCUCGUGUGAUGAAUUACCAUGGGAUCCCGGUGAAAAUCGUCUGGGUUGUCAGAGACUUUAGAGAUGUGGUUGUUCUUGGACAUGUAGGUGAUUUCAUCCAACCAGAUGACUUGGAGAUCUUUGUUACCGGGAAUCCAGACUUUAAAGAUGAGAAGAAGGAACAAAUAGAUACGGAGAUUGUGGAGAUUGAUAUUGGAUGUAGAGAGAGUGAAGAUGAAGUGGAUGAAUGUUCGUUUAUGGAGGAUGAGGGUGAACAAAGCGAAUCCGAACGAGAUCUGGACAAGUUGGAUUCCAACCACCUCACCACAACUACCACCCCUCUCAACCGACAAAAACUGACAAGACUGUUCAAAAAGAAAUCACAAGAUUUCACCGAGAAUCUGCCACUUCUCUUCAAUGUAGACGAGGGAAGAAGUGAAUCACCUCCAACACCAUUCCGGUCACGGAAAUCAUCGGUUUCCUCCCAUUCAGAAACAUUUGUCCUCCCCACCGAUAUCCCAUCGAAGUACACCACGCCAUUCCUUCGAACAGUCUCAAAACUUAAUCUUGCAAACAAAAUAUACAAGGGCAGGCCCACGCUUAACCAUCGGUACUUGCAUUGGUGUACCAACAGGAGCAACUUCACCCAAUGUUCGGGGCCAAUUGCCACGGGAGAUAACUCGUUCGUUUGUUGUCGAGAAAUUGCUGACAAGCCAUCGAGUGCCCCAGAAGUGCCACUGAAUUGUUGGGUGGUUUCUGCGGGGCCCCGGGAAUUAGUCAGGAACGUUGCCCUUUGGUCUCGUGAGAAUGGAUUACAAUACCAUGAAGAAUCAUUUAAUGUCUAA